CGGUGUCGUUUCGUGUUCGAGUGCGGUAAUCCAAGCCGCUCGUAGGUAUUAUAGUACUUACUAUAAAUUACAAUAGUAUAAAUUAGAAACCCAUCCAGUCGUCUGACGAUAUAUUCUAUUAUAUGUGCAUUUGCCGUUUGCGAUUCGAAAGGCGAAUUAUUCUUUAGUAUAACCAGCUGCGUUUGCCAUCACAAUGUUUGACAAGAUACUAUCGUCAUUCGGCCGCGUCCAGUUUUUUCUUCUUUGUUUGCAGCUAUCGCACUUCGCGUCGUCGACUCAAGUGUACUCAUUUGACGAUUUGUUUCACGGAAAAAUAACAGGAAGCAACGAAUCAAACCAAUACUCCAUGACGGACUCCUUUCUAUUAGAAGUAAACAAAUCUGUGACGUUCUGGUUGUAUACGAAAGAGCACCCCGAAUCUAGUCUCAGGCUGGUGCCCGGCGAUCCGAAAUCUUUGUCGUCAGCGGGCUUCGACGGCAGUAAACCGACCAAAAUCGUGAUACAUGGUUGGUUGGGCAACAGCGAAAGCGAUCAGAGUAUCUGUUUGGCUCUGAAGACCGAAUAUUUUGCGUUGUACGAUUACAAUGUGGUGUGCGUGGACUGGAGCGUGAUUGCGUUGGAUUUGCCGUACUUUACGGCCCGGUUACGUUGCAAAGAAAUCGGAAACUAUAUAGGUGAAAUGAUAACGACGAUAACGGAAAACACGUCUCAGAGCAACGACGAUAUACACAUUAUAGGUUUCAGCAUGGGCGCCCACAUUGCUGGUUAUGCCGGUAAACAUCUUGGGGGAAAAGUACACAGGAUCACUGGUUUAGAUCCCGCCAGACCGCUGUUCUUAAGUAAACGGUCUGCCGAGAGACUUAACAACACCGACGCGCAAUUUGUGGAUGUCGUGCACACAACAAAUUUGGUGUUGGGACAGCACAAACCGAUAGGAAAUAUCGAUUUUUAUCCAAAUGGCGGCAUAUCCAAUCAACCAGGCUGCAGAUACGAUUACGUGUACGGCGAGGUGUGCAGUCAUUUUAAAUCCUACGAGUUUUAUGCACGGUCCAUCCGGUCAAGAGACGAGUUCAAAUCGAUCAAAUGCGACAAAUGGAAAGAUUACGAGCAGUCGAAAUGCGAAGAUCCUAAGAAUUACACGUACUUGGGUGAAUACGCUGAUCCCAGCUUUUCUGGAACUUAUUAUUUGACGGUUAACUGAGCUGCGGCACCGAUUGUAUCUUUACAUCAUACAAAUAUAUUGUUAAUUUUUUUUUUGUGCUAGAUUUGGCUAUAUAUAUAUAUAUAUUAAUUAAUAUAUUAUCCGUAAUAAAUAUAAUAGUUUAACGAUACAA